UUCGUUGAGUAGGACAAAGCUCUGCAGGCAGCAGUCAGCCUGAUGCCAUGUCACCGGAGUUCCAUCUGAGUGAUCUGUGCCCUUUUGACGCAAAAUACGCCCGGCAAGCAUGACAACAUUGAGAUCCCGAACCUUCUUCAUCCUCCUCCUCCUCAUCUCCCUCUUAUCCCUGCUUUAUUACAGCUUCUUGGACCAGAAGCUCUAUCUGCAGAAAUAUCAUCCAGCUGUUUCUAAAAGAAACAUCAGCAUCCUGCUGUGGCACUGGCCAUUUGGCCGCUCUUAUAGGCUUGAUGGAGACAAAUGCCUCGAGAUGUACAACAUCAGUCACUGUUUCCUCACUGACAACACAUCCACCUUCCCGUCUGCUGAUGUGGUUGUCUUCCACCACCAGGAGCUGAGAAAAGGUCUGUCCCUGCUGCCCCUGCACCUAGAUCGCCCGGCCUCCCAGCAUUGGGUGUGGCUGUCAAUGGAGCCUCCUGUCAACAAUGCAAACCUCACACAGCUCACCGGCCUCUUUAACUGGACGAUGAGCUACAGACGUGAUGCAGACAUAUUCAUCCCAUAUGGAAAAACCAUGGUAGGAGGUGAUGAGCUAGGCUUCCGGCCUGCUUCAAAUCACUCCUGCCUUGUCAGCUGGGUGGUCAGCAGAUACAAACCUCACCAAGCUAGGGCUUUUGUUUACCAAGAUCUAAAGAAUCAUAUCCCCAUAGAGGUAUACGGAAAGUGGAACAAGAAACCCCUAUCAAAAAAGAAGCUGUUGCCCACAAUUGCAAAGUGUGUUUUUUACCUGUCUUUUGAGAACUCUGAGGCAAAGGAUUACAUCAGUGAGAAGCUCUGGAGGAACGCUUUCCAAGCAGGGGUCAUACCAGUAGUUCUCGGCCCCAGCAGGGUGACCUAUGAAGCCCUGGCUCCCCCUGGUUCCUUUAUCCAUGUAGAUGAUUUCAAGACCACAGCAGAUCUGGCUGCCUAUCUGAAGCAUGUGGCUGCAGACAGACAGGCCUAUGAGGAGUACUUCCGGUGGCACCACACUCACAGAAUAAAAACCUACACUGACUGGAGAGAAAGGCUGUGUCAAAUCUGUGUUAAAUACCCCAGUUUACCAGGCAAUAAAGUCUAUCAGGACCUGGAGAGCUGGGUUAACAGCUAAUAGCAUAUCUCUUUAUGCUUUCAGGUUAUUGGGAUGUUGUUUUGAUUGGGACUGCUGAUGCUACUGGG